UUUGUGUGGACAAGCCGCCGAGUUGUAACGACGCUAGUACGUGGACACAAACGUCUAGUAGUACAAGUGCAUCGUUGCAGCGACUGUGGACGAUCCCUUGCUGGGUUUGCAAAAGUUGGCGCCGAGGCCGAGAAUCGUGUUUUGUGGCUUGGUUGCAGAAACUGCUGUAACUUCUGAGUUGAAGCUGAGUGCGGUGCUUGAUCGAGUGUUGAAAUUGAAAUUGAGAGUUAGUUGAGCGGUUAAGUUCUACCGAAACGGUCGUCCAAGUCGUGUAUCGGGUUUGUCGUCGAUGUGUGUUGUUGACUCUUGCUUUGCUGAGCAAGUCAAAGUGUGCCAGUGAUCUUGCAGUGAGCCAGAUUGGUUCUGAGUGCGAGCAUAGGAAAAAAUAUGAAUAAGUUUGUGAUAUUACUCGCCACCGUGCUGGUGCUCUCCAACAUCCCCGUCCGCCCCGUUGAGGCCACCGUCGUGCGGUUGUUCACCGAUCUGCUGCAAAAUAACGUGGCCGGAAUUCCGUUGAUUCACAAAACCGAAGAGUUCGAUUUCGACCCGGAGGUCAGCAAGAAGCGCCGCGAGAUGUACUACGAGCAACACGGAUACCGUGGCGAGAAGGCCAUCGAGCGGCUCGGACUGGGAAUCGACGGCAAGCACCGUGAACGGGCGGAACACCAACGGCAACGGGACGAGGGACAUCUCAACGGACUGAACAUUCUGCAGCCUUGAAUUGGGGAUAGCGAGGGACAUAAUGUAGUUGAAUUUGGUUGUGAAAUGUGAAAAGUGAUUUUUUAAUGGAAAUUGUGAAGAGUUGUGCCAGUGAAUAGAGUCGUAUGCAUUGUACCUGGAUGGUUCCAUCUGCUAUAAUAAUACAAAGUUUCGAAAGCACAAACCUGAUGCUAAAGUCACUUUAAAGAAUUGAGACAUUUCUCAGUAGUUUCGAUGAAAACUGCUUUUGAGAAAGAUCGAUUCUGAAUAAAACAUUUGCUCACGAAAAACUAAUAAGAGUAAGAUAGUUUUAAAGUGAAUAAGAAUUAUGCUGAGUAUAAAUUUGAUGUUAAAUUAUGAAAAUAAA